AUUCUCCAAAUCUAGACGUUGCAAUUGAGCUCUGAUCGAAACGGGCCAGCAGUCUGAGCAGAAGAGGAGAAGCGGAGGCCCAUGCGAAGGGACGUGACGGAACAAAUGAGCGCGCUCGUGCUCGUGUUCAACAGUUGAAACAAUUCUGGGAAUCUGAGGAGAAACAGCAGUCUGUAGAUGAAGCUUGCUGACAGCUGUGUUGAGCGAGCGCGACGGAUCUAGUCAAGAGGGAGGGAUCCUGCAACAGUCCCCAUCGGGUGCUUUAAGAACGUUUCGUGGUCUAACUUCAUUCUGAUCAAAGUCCAGCAAUUCCUGGGAGCGCAGACUAGCAAAUUAUCCUGUCAGCUUAUCUGGAGUCCUGAGCAACGGGGCAUCUCUUUCCCAUUUUGUUUUGGCCACUACCCUGUAUAUCAAAGCACUGCUUGUGGAGCUCGACAUCAGCCAGGCACAUGUAUUAACAACCCUUUGGACCAGAUUGCUGAGCAAUGUUUUGAACGGGCCCUUGCAGCUCCUUUCGAGGAGACCAAUUAGGGAGAUUCGUCUGACAUUUCCAACAUCCUACAGUCGGUCUGGUAGUCAGAACUUCAUCUGCAAGUACAUUCAGCUCCGCACUCUAGCAAUCUGCAAACUCAGCAGACUCUAGAGGGACCCCAUACUCGGGCGCCCCUCUGGCAUGCAUUACGCAUCAAAACACUUGAUUCUCGCAAAUGCUGCCGCCUUGUAAGUUGAUAAACCCUGGCACUGGCUGCAUUAGCUCCUCCUCCAGAAACCGUGGCUGCCGCUGAGGACACGCCCAGCGUCCGCUCGCGCUCCGUCCCCAUUCUAGUUCUUUCAAAAGCCUCCAGCAGGGUGGACUCCCCCCCUCCCCUUGGCUCCCACGCGGGAGGCCCGCUGGCGGCCGAAAACAGGGCCUGGAAGAGGCCCGCAAGGCCGGGAGGCUGGGCGGUGGGUGUCGGGGAGAGCCUCAAGGGCGUGAUCACCAAGCGGUUCAACGCCAUGUUCUACGGGGCGAUGGUCUGGGAUCCCUGGCUGAUCCUGGCGCAGAUUCUGGUGCUCCAGUGCCUGUUCUACCUGAGCCUGGGGGGCCUACUGUGGGUGUUUGUUGGCUCCCACGAGCUGGCGUUCAGCCUGCACCACUUCUUCGACUGGCGCUACAUGACUGUGCGCACUGUCAAGGGGUGGCUCACGAUGCUCGCGUUUCUCUGCAACGCAUUUGUUGGGGCCGGGUUCUUGCUCUUCCUUGUGGAGCGCGCCAAGAAGUGCCUCGACUUCAGCGCCACUCUCUUUUUGGUUCACCUUCUCUUGUGCAUCGCUUACGCGGGUGUCCCCGCCAGUUUUGCGUGGUGGAUUGUGUCGGGUCUGUCGGUGGUCGUCAUGUCGGUCUUAGGAGAGUGGCUCUGCAUGCGGCGGGAGCUACGGGACAUCCCGAUCAGGAGCCGAUCGCAGUCAGGCCCCGGGUCAACCAGAACAUUACCUCUCUGACUGCGACUUUCAAGAAUUGCUUGCUUUGAAUAACGGGAGGUUGAGAGUGGCUGAUCUGCUGCGAGCGUGCUGACAAGGCAAGGCUGAACGGCCGUUCUGCUAUGAGCCUGCUGAUUAUGGAAGCAGUCUAGACAGUGUCUGUUUAGGGAAGUUUUGUGUCUUUGGAACAACUUGUUCCAACUUGCCGGGCCGUGCAUGGUGAAUGAAGAGAUGCCGACAAUGAUGUGCAUAGAGCAGGCAUGGCUGCCUUUCUAAUGGGGCGGGCGCUUCUGUCUAGCAGAGAUGUGUAAGCAGAUGUGGGCGG